AGAACCAAUGGAUGUCAUGAAAACCCCACCCAUUGAAACGUUUGGCUCUCAAAACAUUUCGACUUCUAUUUAUAAUUACUUAUUUAUUAAAAAGUAUAUUCUCCUUCAAAUCUUCUCCAUCUUUUUUAUUCUCUCUCGAAGUUUCAUUGGAUCAGAAAAAAAGAAAGGUGUUUGUCAAUUUGCAAUUUAAAAAUGGCGUACGAGGAAAACUUUCAGAAAACUUCCGAACCAAAGUAUGAUUGUCUUUUAUUCGACAUAGAUGAUACUCUUUACCCUUUCAGUUCUGGUCUUGCUACGCUAGUUAAAAACAACAUUCAAGAGUAUAUGACUCAGAAACUUGGUAUUGAAGAAGAUAAAGUCCAAGAACUCUGCCUUUCUCUUUACAAAAUCUAUGGAACUACUAUGGCUGGUCUCAAGGCUGUGGGUUAUGACUUUGACUAUGACGAUUUCCAUCGUUUUGUUCAUGGGAGAUUGCCAUACGCAACACUCAAGCCUGACCCUGUUUUGAGGAACAUUAUCCUCAGCUUGCCUAUACGCAAAGUUGUUUUCACUAAUGCAGACAAGGCUCAUGCAGCCAAGAUCAUUGCUAGGCUAGGCCUAGAGGACUGCUUUGAAAGGAUCAUAUCUUUCGAGACUCUCAACCCCACCACCAAAACUGAAUCUCCUGUGGCCGCUACUGGAACCAGAGAGAUCUUCGACAUAAGCAGUUACAUGGCAAAUCCCGACCCAAGCGUUGAACUCCCAAAGACUCCGGUUAUAUGCAAACCAUCUGAAGGUGCUUUCGAACAGGUUUUCAAGAUGACCAACAUCAAUCCUCACAAGACAUUGUUCUUUGAUGACAGCAUUCGUAACAUUCAAACCGGGAAACGUGUGGGUCUCCACACCGUAUUGGUUGGGACCUCACACAAAGCUGAAGGAGUUGAUAUUGCGUUGGAGCAUAUUCACAACAUACGUGAAGCUCUCCCUGAACUGUGGGAUGCCGUUGACGACAAAGCCGAGGAGAUUAGAGCUAGGCAGAAGGUUGCCAUUGAAACCAUAGCUUAAACAAAAAUACAUUUCACUCGCAUUUUCUCAGCUGCUGAUUGUAACACAUUUCUCAUUAUCACCACUCACUCUCUGAGGAGAAAAGUAAUAAGUGUAAUCUAAAGCUUUUAUUAAGAGAAACAGUGAAUGUAAUGAAACAAGUUGAGUUUUUAUUUAAUCCAUAAUAUUAAAAAAUGAAUGUAAACAUCUUUUAAUUA